AUGACCGCCAAUGCCUGCUCCAUGUGUGAAGAUGAGCAUUUCAUCGACAAGUGCCCCCAAUUCAAGCAGUUGUCGCCGGAAAAGAGGAAGGAGUUCGUCGAAAAGAAGUACCUCUGCUUCAACUGCUUGGGGAAGCACUCUAUUCGUGCCUGUGAGACCACGAAGACGUGCGUUGUGUGUCACAAGUAUCACAACUCGAUGAUCCACAUCACACGCCCUCAGAAUGGUCCUCUGGAGACAUCUCAACCAGACCAGUUGAAGUCUCAAGAUAGUCUUGCGGUAAAGCUAGGUUUGUUGAAGUCUCCAGCUUUGCUACCUGUCGUUGGUAUUGGUGGAUCAAGGUCAUUUUCAAAAGAAUUCUCUCAGUUCUGUCUGAAGUCUCUGCACUCAGACAAACAUCUUCAGAUUAAAGCCUACAUUCUUGACCAUCUCAUAUCAUCGUUGCCGUCGUUCUCAGUCUCGGAUACUCAAGCUUGGGGCCAUCUCGACGGACUGAAGUUAGCUGAUCCGAAAUACAUGGAGCCAAGACCUAUUGACCUUCUCAUUGGCGCGGAUUUCUCCGGAUCAAUUGUGGAGCCACAGAUCAUCAAGGGGCCUUCGGACUCCCCUAUAGCAAUGCACACUAUCUUCGGUUGGGUGGUACUAGGACCUACUUCAGCGGUGAUUCCAAUGGUGGCCAGCUCUAAUCACAUUGCAGUCAGCAACGAGGAACUCUACGACCUUCUCACUUCGUUCUGGCUGCAGGAGGAGGUCCCAAAAGCCGAAUAUAGUGAUCUCACGAAAGAAGAGGCAGAAUGUGAGGAGUUUCUCCAGCGCACUAUUCACGAGACAGCUCACGGCGCUAUGUGUCGGGCUAAGGCGUGUCUCUCCAGCCUGUUCCGGAGAAUGGAGAGGGAUCAACCGACCCUUCAGCUAUAUAGUGUUUUUCUCAAGGAGAACGAAGAUCUGGGACACAUGGUGCUUUUUCCAGCCUUAACUGGUUCGGAGAAUGCCGGGAGCAUGAAGUUCGGCUGUCGAUCUGAGGGGAUGACCUUGGCACAUGGGGCUUCGGCUUCAGGAGAGUUGAGGGUCCCUGAGGAGAAGCAGUCGACUCGUGUCUCCACUCGGUGUUCUGCUCAGAGGCAAGCUCAUCCGUCAACUCCUAUGUACUACUUUCCUCAUCAUGGUGUUCCCAGGAAAAGUAGUGAAACAACGAAGCUGAGGGUAGUCUUCAACAGCUCUAGUAAGACCAGCUCAGGGGUGUCUCUCAAUGACAUCCAACACACUGGAGCCAAACUGCAGAAGAAUAUCUCUGACGUGCUGCUCUCAUCCAGGCGGAGCAAGUACAUUUUCAUGACGGACAUCACGAAGAUGUUCCGUCAAAUCAAGGUGUAUCGUGAGGACUGGCCUCUUCAACAGAUUCUGUGGCGGGAUUCUCAAGGUCAGAUCAACACCUACCAGCUCACCACUGUGACCUACGGGACUAAAUCGGCCCCAUUCUUCGCCUGUAGAGUUCUCAACCAACUGGUCGCGGAUGAAGGACAUCGUUUUCCUCUAGCAAUCUCUCCGUUGACCAGUGGAAGAUACGUGGAUGACAUCUGUGGUGGUGCUGAAGAGGAGAGUGAUCUUCUAGAUGUCUCCAAGCAAGUGUGGGAUCUUUGCUUAGCUGGUGGUUUCCCUCUAGCAAAGUGGCAUAGCAAUUGUCCGUCUCUACUCAGAUCUCUGAAUCCAGAAGGUGUCUCUCAGGAUCAUAAGCUGCUAGAUGAUGCCAUCACGAAGAUUCUUGGUCUGAAGUGGGAUCCAAACACAGACCAAUUCAAGUUCUCAAUCCGCCUUCCGGCCAACUCAAAGGUGACGAAGAGGAAUAUGUUGUCUGAAAUAGCUCAGUUGUUCGAUCCUCUGGGUCUGCUUUCUCCUGUGGUGAUUAGGGCAAAGGCACUCCUACAGCGUCGCUGGGUUGGGAAGCUGGACUGGGAUUAUGCGCUCUCAUCACAAAUCUCGGAUAAGUGGACCCAAUUCCGUAAGGAGCGGUCUCAGGUCGACAAUAUCUCUAUUCCUCGUUGGCUCGGAGUGAAGAAGGAUGCUCUGGUGGAAAUACACGGGUUCUCAGACGCAUCGCAAACAGCGAUGGCUGCGGUGGUAUAUUUGAAGGUGACAAGUUUGGAUGGUGUGAGUGUCUCUUUAGCUACUGCUAAAACCAAGGUGGCUCCUCUCAAGCAACUCACCAUUCCGAGACUUGAACUCAACACCGCAGUCAUGCUGGCGAAACUCACAAGGUAUGUGCGUGUUCAACUCAGCCUUGAUAACGCUCCUGUGUUCCUGUGGACAGACUCAGCUGUUACCCUGGCGUGGAUCAGCUCUCAUCCCUCCCGGUGGAAGGAAUAUGUGCAUAACAGGGUAGCCAGCAUACAGGAACUGGUUCCAGGAGCGAAGUGGCGAUACAUCAGCGGUAAGGAGAAUCCUGCUGAGUGUGGUUCUCGGGGCAUCACUAUGGCUCAACUCAGUGCUCAUAAACUGUGGUGGACGGGUCCAAAGUGGCUGCAGUUAGACUCCUCUCAGUGGCCGAAAGAAAAUGCCAGCGAAUCUGGAAGAGAAGAUCUCAUCACCAAGUACUCCUCUCUCUACAAAUUGCUGCGCAUAACAGCAAUUUGUCAACGUGUUGUUGCACGGAUGAGGAAGAAACCUGGUGAAACUCUCGUGGAUCCACUCAGUCCUGAUGGCAUCGAGGCAGCUAGGCUGUAUUGGGUCAGAGCCACUCAGGCUCAUUAUCUGGAGUCGGAGUGCAGCAUUAUUUAUUGUGAGAGUAAACAAGCGAUCGUCCCCAAAGAUUCCGAGCUGGCUGAACUUCUCAUUAGAGACUCUCAUCAGCGAACGUUGCAUGGUGGAACUCAACUCACGUUGACGCAUCUCAGGAGGUCUUACUGGAUUAUUGGAGGAAGAGCGCCAGUAAGAUCCUUCAUUCUCAAGUGCGUGGAAUGUGCCCGCCAACGUGGAGUACGUGCUCAGCAACUGAUGGGGCAGCUUCCACCGACACGUCUGUCUCCAGGACGUGCCUGCUCUAACACUGGUGUAGAUUACGCUGGACCGGUGUCCAUCAAGACGUGA